ACUGCUGCUGGCCGCACGCACACGUCACCGGCGCUUGUGCCACGUCAACUUGACGUAGCAGGAGGUGUUGUCCGGGUGGGAGGCGACCUUACGAAUACAAGAAACCACAUAACGAUUGGCAUUAAUGGUCUUAAACCCAAGAGGAGCACUUGUGAGAGUGUGGCAGAGUUAAUCAAAAGCACUGUUCAUCAUGGACCCUAACGCCAGCGGACUCACCAAGAGGUUGGCCGAAGCCGGCCAGUCUCACCUCCUGCGGUUUUGGAAAGAGCUGAGCCCUGAGGAGCAGGCCGAGUUGACCCUUGACCUGCAGGGGAUGGACUUUCAGGAGAUCAACGGGUUUUUCAAGAAGGCCAUGGAGACGUCCAGCAGCAAACAGGAAAAGAUGGACAGCCGCAUGGAGCCGGUGCCCCGGGAGGUGCUUGGGAGUGUGACUAGGGACAGGGAGAGUCUUAAAGACUGGGAGGUAGCAGGUCUACACUGCAUCUCUCAGAGUAAUGUGGCGGUCCUGCUGCUGGCUGGGGGCCAGGGAACCAGACUGGGGGUCUCUUACCCUAAAGGCAUGUACGAUGUGGGACUGCCGUCUCACAAAACCCUCUUUCAGAUCCAGGGCGAGCGCAUAUUGAAGCUACAACAGCUGGCUGAGCAGAAGCACAAAAACAAGUGCUGUAUUCCCUGGUACAUCAUGACCAGCGGAAGGACAAUGGAGUCCACCAAGGACUACUUCUCACGACAUGACUAUUUUGGCUUGGACAAGAACAACAUCAUCUUCUUCCAGCAGGGCAUGCUACCAGCCAUGGACUACCAAGGCAAGAUCAUCCUGGAGAACAAAGGAAAGGUCUCCAUGGCCCCUGAUGGGAACGGGGGUCUUUAUAGAGCUCUGGGGAACCAGGGCAUCAUGGAUGACAUGGAGCGGAGGGGGAUUGAAAAUGUCCAUGUGUAUUGUGUGGAUAACAUCCUGGUCAAAGUGGCAGACCCCUCUUUUAUUGGUUUCUGUGUGAAGAAGGGAGCGGACUGUGGAGCUAAGGUGGUGGAGAAAACCAAUCCGACGGAGGCCGUGGGUGUGGUCUGCAAGGUGGAUGGGCGUUAUCAGGUGGUGGAGUACAGCGAGAUCACCCUGGCAACAGCUGAGAAGCGCAGCGCUGACGGCCGACUGAUGUUCAACGCAGGAAACGUGGCCAAUCACUUCUUCCGCUUUUCCUUCCUCAGAGACAUAGUACAGAAAUACGAGCCAAAUCUGCAGCACCACGUGGCCCAGAAGAAGAUCCCAUAUGUGAAUGCGGAGGGUCAACUAAUCAAACCAGACAAACCAAAUGGGAUUAAAAUGGAAAAGUUUGUCUUUGACAUCUUCCAGUUCGCCAAGACAUUUGUUGUGUACGAGGUUCUGCGGGAGGACGAGUUCUCCCCGCUGAAAAACGCAGACAGUCAGGACGCAAAGGACACGCCCACCACAGCCAGACACGCCCUCAUGUCCCUCCAUCACCGCUGGGUGCUCAACGCUGGGGCCCACUUUAUCGAUGAGAACGGCAGACAUGUGCCUGCCAUACCCAGAGACGGAGCAGCAGGCAGUGUCAAAGAUGAUGGCAACAGAAACCUGAAGGACGGAACAGACCUGCCAAUCAAAUGUGAGAUCUCUCCACUGGUGUCCUACGGGGGAGAGGGUCUCGAAGAGCUGGUGAAGGGACGAGAGUUUCAUCCAACCCUGAUGAUCGACGGGAACGGAGUCCAUGAGCUGGUGAAGAAUGGAGUUUAGACAAUGAAGGGGAGAGGAAGAGAUAGAGGGACAAUCCAAAGACCAAACUCCUUUUGUCUCUUAACAUUUGCGGAGAGAAACUGUGAUGUCACGAUUGUGCAAUAACAAAUGUGCAUGUGUUCAUGAAAGAGGCUGUCGUCUCCAGAAUGAAUGAAUGAACUAGCCAGAUGAAGCGUAUCGUUUACUUUUCAGCUCCAAGCUUUCUCUGCUUUAUAUGUUGAUGUCAUACUUGGUUAAUAUUUGUUUUGAAGAGCACUUGAACAUAGCAUAAGAUGAAGGACGAAAUCCUUGUCACACUGACUGGAUGAAGCAGUCUUCAGGUGCAUGUAUUUAUUUUGCUUAUGAGACUUAUUUUUAUAUGUACUGAUAGAUGAUCUAUAGGUGGAAAUGACCAUCUACUCAUUUUACCUGGUGAUUUUUAUACAACAUAGGUCUGAGAUGAAAUGAUCAGAAUGAUGUUUCUUACUAGCAUGUAAUCGAGCUACAUGGUACAGGCUGUGGGGGGUAUUUAUAAUAUCUGUUUGUUUUCUCCUUGUAAUCAUUGAAGAUUAGAUAUUCAGCUUUAAGAGAUGCUAUGAUUUCUAUCAUCUUUAUUAAAGUCAUUUCCUAAUCGGAAAACCUUGUA